AUGUCUUCGAAGUCAUCAAAGUCGAAGCCCCCUAAUUCUUCGAAAGGUCAGCGGUUUGAUGAGCUAUACCGCCUGAAAGGAGUUCUUGGAACGGGUGCUUUCUCAACCGUCCGCGAAGGAUUUCAUCGGUCGAAAAAUGGUGCAUCGUACGCUGUAAAGUGUGUAAAUCGCAAAAAGCUGUCCGAAGAGGAUGAAGCGGCGCUUCUAGAUGAAGUAUCUAUUCUAAUGGAGAUGAAUCACGAUCACAUCAUUCGUCUGUAUGAUUUUUUUACGGAACCUUCAACUUACUACUUAGUGUUGGAACAAAUGACUGGAGGAGAGCUGUUUGAUCGCAUCGUUGCGAAGGCAUACUACAAUGAAAAGGAGGCCCGCGACACAUGCAAAAUAAUCCUUGAUGCAGUUGGAUACAUGCACUAUAAUAGUGUUGCACAUAGAGAUUUAAAACCAGAAAACCUAUUGCUACAAAGCAAGGACGAUGAUUCUGCUGUCAAGAUUGCCGACUUUGGUUUCGCGAAGAAAGUACAGGAGGAAUGCUCUUUGUCGACUCAAUGUGGAACACCUGGUUAUGUCGCACCAGAAAUUCUCGAAGGGACCCCUUAUGAUCAAAGGGCAGAUAUGUGGUCAGUUGGAGUAAUCCUCUACAUUCUUCUCGGAGGGUAUCCUCCUUUCAUUGAAAGUACACAGAGAGAUUUGUUUAGAAAAAUCAGAAGAGGAGAGUAUGAGUUCCAUGAAGAAUACUGGGGAACUGUUUCCGAAGAAGCCAAAAGCCUUAUCUCGUCUUUAUUGACUGUCGAUCCAAAGAAGCGACUUGAUGCAAAAGAAGCGUUAGAAAAUUCAUGGAUCAAAGGGGACGACGCGUCCUUGGCACAGAAAGAUCUUGGUGUAAACUUGCAAGAAUUCAAGAAGUUCAAUGCGAAACGAAAGUUCAAAGCAGCAGUUUCAACAGUCAUCGCUGUGAACAAGUUGAACUCUCUCGGUUUGAGUCUGAUGAUGUAA